CCACCUACACCAUAAUAUCAGUGGGCGGAGCAUCCAGGCACUCUUCCCGCCAUUGGCUGAGCUGGAGAAAGGUGUGCGCGCGGAAACGCAGCGCUCGUGACAAAUAAAUAGAGUACCGGCGUAUGAGUGUGAGAUGAAUUUCAGGAUGCUGCCUCAGGCACUGAAGAUGUCCGUGAGGAGCGCGUCUCCUCUGCUCAGGUUUGUAGAGAGAUGGACUGACAUUAUAUCCGUGUCUACAUCUCAGCAGGUUAAGACGCUGGAUCAGAUGCCUGGACCUUCAGCCGCGGGCUUCAUUUGGGAUCUCUUCUUCAAACAGGGCCUGUCGCGUCUUCAUCAACUGCAGCUGGAGGGAAGGAGGCAGUAUGGGCCCAUGUGGAAAGCGAGCUUUGGACCCAUCAUGACUGUUCAUGUGGCCGAACCGGAGCUGAUAGAGCAGGUGCUAAGACAGGAGGGCCAGCACCCCAUGCGAUCAGACCUGUCGUCCUGGAAAGACUACCGGCAACUUCGUGGGCAUGGAUACGGUCUCCUUACUGCUGAGGGCGAGGAAUGGCAGAACGUUCGGAGUCUGCUAGCGAAACACAUGUUACGACCAAAAGCUGUGGAAGCAUAUGACGGCACACUAAAUGCUGUAGUGACUGACCUCAUUAACAAACUGAAGCUACGCAAGCGAGAAAACGGCAGCGGCCUCAUCACUGACAUCGCCGCUGAGUUUUACUGCUUCGGUCUGGAAGGGAUUUCGUCUGUGCUGUUUGAGUCCAGGAUUGGCUGCCUGGAACCAGUUAUUCCCAUGGAAACAGAAUGUUUUAUCCAGUCGAUCAACACUAUGUUUGUCAUGACUCUGCUCACUAUGGCUAUGCCUGCUUGGCUGCACAGACUCGUCCCCAAACCCUGGAACAAAUUCUGCCAUUGCUGGGACUACAUGUUCCAGUUUGCUAAAGGGCACAUUGACAAGCGUCUAGAGGAGGAAGCACAGCGAGUUACGCGAGGAGAGCAGUUAGAGGGACACUACCUCACCUUCUUCCUGUCACAGGCAGGAAUGCCUUUGAAAUCUGUGUACAGCAACGUGACUGAGCUGCUUCUCGCUGGUGUUGACACGAUCUCCAGCACGUUGUCGUGGUCACUGUAUGAGCUGUCUCGGCAUCCGCGGAUCCAGAAUGCAUUACGUGAUGAGGUUUUGAGGAUACUGCAGGGCCGUAAUAUCCCAAACGCUUCUGAUGUUGGAGCUAUGCCUCUAAUGAAAGCUGUUGUGAAAGAAAUCCUCAGGCUGUAUCCUGUAAUUCCAGCAAAUGCUCGAGUCAUCAUCAACAAAGAUAUUAUAGUUGGUGGAUACCUGAUUCCUAGAAAUACUCUAAUCACCCUAUGUCACUAUGCCACCUCCCGUGAUUCAAAACAAUUCCAUGACCCGGAUGCAUUUAUACCUCAGCGCUGGUUGAGCCGCUGUGAGCGGAGCCACCCUUAUUCCUCUUUACCCUUUGGAGUGGGCAAACGCAGCUGCAUUGGCAGACGCAUCGCUGAAUUGGAGGUCUACCUAGCGCUUUCUAGGAUAUUAAUUCACUUCAACAUGGAGCCUGCAGAAGAGAGCAAUACAGUCCAUCCAAUGACCAGAACUCUAUUGGUUCCAGAGAGAGAAAUCAACGUGUGUUUCAUUGAGCGCUGAGCGUCACAGGACGAAGUGUUUAAGAACUUGCCUCUCUAAUGUGGAGAUCCAGAUAACCAGGUGAACGUCAGGCCCUCCAGCAGCAUGAAGCGGACCUGAGAUACCGCAUCAUCCCCUGAAUUACCAAACUGCAACCUGACAGUCUAUACUUACACAAGCCUCUAUGUGACUGCAAAAAAGAGAAAAGAAAUGAAGUGCUUGUUACACAAAAAAAGCUUUGUGUCCAAUACUUGUAUACCAACAACACCAACCAAAACAAUAACUAAAAAGUUGGUUAAAUUGAUGUAAUGCAUUAAGAUCAUCCCUACGAUAUCCGGAAGAUACACUACAAAUAAUAAUUUUCCACUACUGUGACGUACUGGGUUGUACAUUUUAAUUUUUAACAUGGACUUGACAAACAUAGUCUACAGUGUAAUAAAUCAUUAACGACAACCAAGUGAGAGUUUAUUUUUAUUAAUUCGGUCACAAAGUUGAAUUUGGUUUGAAAAUUAAAAAUGUUAAAUCAUUGCAACAAACACCCAGUUACCUUGCCAGUGAAAUAUUGUGACUCUUGGUACUUUUAAUGUGAUAUUUAAAUCAUAAGAACUUCUGUAACAAGAACUAUUUUGGUCUUACCAAGCUGUGUCGUGUGUUCUUUAUUUUUGUUCUGCUCUUGCAGUGUAUUAAAAAAGGUAAUAGAUGAUGCAAUUUUGCGAUCUAGUCAAUUUAAUGAACAAUAUCCAAUUAAGUAUACCACUGGACUACACUUCACAAUCUUUCAUCCUACUCUGGGUCUAUUUUCAAGGGGGCACAUUAAAACAUUUUCUCCCCUUUUCUUUACUUCUAAUCCCUGUUAGCCUCAUUGACAGUCGGAAGAUUUCUAAUCAGUUGCAGAGAUUGCUGUCAGAAUGUGCUGGGCAUUUUUGCCAGUGCCUUCAUUCCAGCUGGAUC